AUGGCGUACUCGAGUUAUGAAAACAGCGCUCAGAAUUUCUCUGAGGAGGCAUUAGAGGAAGAAACUGUGGUUCUCACAUUGGUUCCAGUUAAUGAAGAAACUAAUGAAGAACAUCAGGUAGAACCAAGUGUUUCCUCAACUUCAGAAGUUGGCCUGGAGAUGCCUGGGACAAACGAUAAAGUUUGUCAUCUUCAAAUGAAUGAACAAUUCAAGUCUUGUCCAAAACAUAGUUGUUGUAAUACACCGAUCCUUCCCUUGCCAACCAGUUUGCCUCCAGUUAAUAAAGUACGUUGGGACACUUUGCGAAACUGGUGCCAACAAUUUAAUUUGAGUACCGAUGGCCGGAAAAUAGAUGUUUAUUUGAGGCUCCAGAAACAUGCUUACUCUGAAAUAAAUGAGAAUAUUCCUAAAAUAUCACCAGAGGACCAAUUGCAGUCAUGUUCGACAAAAUGCAAGAUGGCAACCAAGAGAGCAAGGAUUCGGAAACGUUGUAAGAAGAGUGAAAGAGAGGAAGGGAUUAAUAUAGUUGAAGUGAUAACUUCAGCACAAGAAGGCAUGUUGGCAGCGUGGUCAAGAAUUGCUGCAAGAGGCAGUCAAUCCAAGUCUGUGAAUUCACGUCCCAUUCCUGUUUCUGUUGAGACUUUUCUGCUGCAAGCCUCUGGUGUCAGGUGGUGUGUGGUCCAUGGCAGACCUCUCUUGGCAGACACAAAAGGUUGGGUUCGCCUGCAGUUUCAUGCAGGUCAGGCCUGGGUGCCUGACACCCCCAAGAGGAUGAUUUCUCUCUUCCUGUUGCCCGCCUGUACUUUCCCAUCCCCGGGCCUUGAAGAUAAUAUGUUAUGCCCUGAAUGUGCUAAGAGGAAUAAGAAGAUAAUGAAAAGAUUAAUUGCAAUGGGGAAGGAGAGGCGACGUGGCUUGAAUACAUCAACAUCUUUCCCUUUGAGUGGGCCAUAUCUUAAUAAAGAAUAA